AAGUUCAGACGCUGAAGUCUUCGCAUAAAAAGCGACGCCUUCAGAAUCUAGACAGCGUCCAUCCUCCCAACAACAGUAGCAGCUAUCGAUACAUCAGCCAUUCCAAUGUCCUUCUAUGUGCCAGCGGCGUUACUUGUGGUCGGCGCUCUCCUCGUCCUCCUUCGCUUGUUCAACCGCGGCGGCAUCAAGCAUAUCCGUGGCCCCCCGUCCCCGUCCUUCAUUCUCGGUCAUGAGGCCGCAAUCGCCCAUCAGGAAGAAGCGGGCACCCUAGACACGCAAUGGAUGAAAGAGUAUGGUCCUACAUGGCGAGUUCGAGGUGCCUUCGGGACGGAUGUUAUCAUGAGUGCAGAUCCCAAGGCUAUCCAGCACGUAUUCCAGAAGUCAGGCUACAAUUACCCGAAGAAGGAGUCCCAGAAUUUCUUAGGAUGGCUUCUAGCAGGUCCUGGUAUAGCAGCGGUCAGAGGUCAAGACCAUCAGCGUCAGCGGAAAAUAAUGAACCCGGCGUUCAGCGUGCCCCAGCUCCGAAGCUUCUUGCCUCUAUUCCAGCGCAUUGCGACCAAGCUUUCGAACAAAUGGAAGGGAGAGCUCGUGGCCACUGGUGAGCUCAGCCUGCUGUUAAACAAAUGGCUGUCGCGUGCAACACUGGAUGUGAUCGGGGAAGCGGCGUUCGAUUACAACUAUCAUUCUCUUGAUGACGGAGAACGCAGCGAGAUCUCGAAAGCCUACGAGAACAUCUUCGCGGACAUGAGUUACAUGCCGCCGAAGGCAGCCGUACUGUUCCAAGCCUCUUGGGAUUACAUUCCGGUGCCUAUCCUCAAGUUAAUCAGAUAUCUCCCCCUCAAUCCCUGGACUCGCAUGAGGAAGCUUAAUAACCUGUUCCGGGAGUACGGCAAGCAGAUCCUCCGAGAGCAGGGUCCUGAUGUGGAUACGGAGAAGAAAGUCAACAGUAAGGAUGUGAUGAGCAUUCUCAUCAAGGCGAAUCAUUCCGCGGACGCCAAGACUCGCCUGGAUGACGAGGAGCUCUCCGCAGAGAUGUUCACGCUUACCCUCGCUGGCCACGAAACCACUUCUGCUACGCUCACAUUCCUCCUAUACGAACUGGCGAGGCACCCCGAGUACCAAGAGCGCAUGCGUCAGGAGAUCAGAGAUGUUCGCGCCAAGGUGGCACAGCGUGGUGGGGCUGAAUUCGCCACCGAGGAUCUAGACUCCUUGACUCUCACUAACAAUGCUAUCAAGGAGACCCUCCGGUUCCAUCCGAUCGCCCUCGGUCUUGCUCGUGUCGCCCUCAAAGACGAUGUGAUUCCGCUCGCGUAUCCGAUCGUGUCGACGACGGGCGAGACGAUCAGAGAGAUACCGGUCAAGGCCGGACAGGUAUUCUCUGCGUCGUUUAUCGGAUACCAACGCCUGACGGAAGUCUGGGGCGAGGACGCCAAUGAGUGGAACCCCGACCGCUUCUUCCGGAUUGACGCUGUCAAGCAGCCUGCGAAUGUCGGCGUUUUCGCAAAUCUUUUGACAUUCUCUGCUGGAAUCCGGGCCUGCAUUGGAUGGCGGUUCUCGGUUCUGGAGAUGCAAGCAUUCCUGUCCGAGCUGGUGGAGAACUUUCAAUUCGACCUGCCGAAGGAGAAGGUCGAUAUCCAGCAGGCUGUGGCCGGUAUCGGCAUGUUCCCUGCCAUCCGUGGUAAGGCGGACCAAGGUAGCGCGAUGCCGCUUCGUAUCUCGCUCGCGCAGUGAGCGUAGGGUUUAUGAGCCGCGCCGCUGGACAAUGAGAUGUCUUGUGUCUACGUGGAUUCGGUAGUCAUCCAUUUGUAUCUUGGACGCAUCGUUAGGGAGACAUGUUGACUCACU